GCUUUAAAUGCGAGACGGUGAGGCGCCUGUGGUGUUUCCCGGCACUCCGGCAACCGCUGUCAUGGUUGAGGCGUUCUGCGCGACGUGGAAGCUGGCGGACAGCCACAAUUUUGACGAGUACAUGAAGGCGCUGGGAGUGGGGUUUGCGAUGCGGCAGGUGGGGAACGUGACUAAGCCCACGGUGAUCAUCAGCAGCGAGGGGGACAAAGUCGUGAUCAGGACUCAGAGCACUUUCAAAAACACAGAAAUCAGUUUUAAACUGGGCGAAGAAUUUGAUGAAACUACCCCCGACGACAGAAACUGCAAAUCAGUUGUGACCCUGGAUGGAGACAAGCUAGUGCAUGUACAGAAAUGGGAUGGCAAAGAGACAAACUUUGUAAGAGAAAUAAAGGAUGGCAGAAUGGUAAUGACCCUUACCUUUGGUGAUGUGGUGGCUGUUCGCCACUAUGAGAAAGCAUAGAGUUCACCUUACCAGAUGUUACAUCUAGUGGAUGGAUUAAUGUACUGUCCAAAAUUGAAAGUAGCUUAAAUGUACAUUUCUGACAUGAAAGGUUAACAAAGAUUUUUUUUUUUUCGGGGGGGGGGGGGGGGGGGGGG